AUGUCUCUUACUACGAAGCUCGCUAUUACGGAUGUGGACCUGACGGACAAGCGCGUGCUGAUGCGCGUGGACUUCAACGUCCCCCUUGACGGUGACAAGAUCACCAACAACCAGCGCAUUGUCGCUGCGCUGCCCACGAUCAAGUAUGCCAUCGAGCACAAGGCCAAGGCGGUGGUGCUCAUGUCGCACCUGGGCCGCCCCGACGGCCAGCGUGUUGAGAAGUACUCGCUGAAGCCUGCUGCGACCGAGCUGAGCCGCCUGCUCUCCAAGCCCGUCGAGUUCCUCAACGACUGCGUCGGUGCCGAGGUCGAGCAGAAGGUCAACGCCGCCAAGGACGGCCAGGUGAUCCUCCUCGAGAACGUCCGCUUCCACAUUGAGGAAGAGGGCAAGGGCAAGGAUGCCAACGGCGAGAAGAUCAAGGCCGACAAGGACGCCGUCUCCAAGUUCCGCGCCGAGCUCACCAAGCUCGGUGACGUGUACGUGAACGACGCUUUCGGCACCGCCCACCGCGCCCACUCGUCGGUCGUCGGUGUGGAGCUGCCCCAGCGCGCCUCGGGCUUCCUCGUGAAGAAGGAGCUCGACUUCUUCUCCAAGGCGCUCGAGAACCCCGAGCGCCCCUUCCUUGCGAUCCUUGGUGGUGCGAAGAUCUCGGACAAGAUCCAGCUCAUCGAGAACAUGCUCGACAAGGUCAACAUGCUCAUUGUCGGUGGUGGUAUGGCCUUCACGUUCAAGAAGCAGCUGGACGACAUGAAGAUUGGCUCGUCGCUCUACGACGAGGAGGGCGCCAAGAAGGUGCACGACCUCAUCGAGAAGGCCAAGAAGAACAACGUCGAGGUGAUCCUCCCCGUGGACUUUGUGACGGCCGACAAGUUCGCCAAGGACGCCAAGGUCGGCGAGGCGGACGACAAGAGCGGUAUCCCCGAUGGCUGGAUGGGUCUCGACGUCGGCCCCAAGUCGCGCGAGCUCUUCUCGCAGGCCAUCCUCAAGGCCAAGACCAUCCUCUGGAACGGCCCCGCCGGUGUCUUCGAAUUUGACAACUUUGCCGCCGGCUCCAAGGCGCUGCUCGACGCCUGCGUCGAGGCCGAGAAGAAGGGCAGCACCGUCAUUGUCGGCGGUGGUGACACGGCCACGGUCGUCGCCAAGUACGGCGCCGAGGAGAACAUCUCGCACGUCUCGACCGGUGGUGGUGCCUCGCUCGAGCUGCUCGAGGGCAAGGACCUCCCGGGUGUGUCGGGCCUCAGCACCAAGUAA